UUGUAAUAAUCGCGUGUACCGCGCAGUGAGCAGUCUGUUAGACGUUGGUGAUCAUUUCACGUUGGGACGCGUGCCGAUAGAGACUCGAUGCCGGGUUCUUUGCCGCCGCGUUUAAAAAUUAUUGCUCGAUAGUAUUUUUUUUUUUAAUUUAAAAAGAAAAGACACCGAUACCUAGUAAAUAAUACAAAUAUUUUGAUUUCGUUUCGUCCGGGCCGCUAUUUUUAUUUCAGCGAUCCGUUAGUUUGUAUCGACUGGAGCUUUUGAAAAAAAAAAAAUACAUACAUAUGUCAUAUACAUAUUAUAUAUAUAUAUAUAUUUUUUUUUUUUACUCUUGCAAAUAAUUCUAGAAUGGUAUACGGUCGAUAAAGAUCGGAUAAAGAUCCAUUUAGUCGAAUAUCCAUUUUGAUCGCUACAGUGACAUCCGUGCGGACUCAAGCAGGUCUUACACAGGAUAUGUGGAUGUUGUUCAGACGGCAAUAAUCUACAGCUAGUUUCCGCUACAUCAUUUAAAGUAUUCCAAGCUAAACGUAGCACCGAGCGUCAGGCAAAAUGCCCAGCAAAAUGGGUUCCAAGACAGAUCUACCGGAGCUCGAGUCGUUCUUGCUGGACGACAAAAUGAAAGAUUCCGCGUCCAACAAAAGUAAAAACCAAGAGAAAGGCGACAUCAACCGUUUAAAUGAAAUUGAAUAUUUCGAUCCGUUCUUGGAACGAAACCUGGAACAUCCGACCACCGACUGUGAAACUUUAACUCACUUACUUAAGGCGUCCCUGGGCACUGGUAUUUUGGCCAUGCCCCAAGCUUUCCAGAGUACAGGAUUGCUGACCGGCGUGUUUGCCACUAUAUUCGUUUCUGUAGUGUGCACGUUUUGUUCCUACAUACUUGUGAAAUGCGCACACAUAUUGUACAGGCGGACCAAGGUGACGGCCAUGAGCUUCGCCGACGUCGCCGAAGUGGCGUUCGCCAACGGGCCCAGUUGGUCGAGGAAGUUCUCUGGUCUAGCCCGGCAAGCGGUGUUGAUGUUGUUGUUCGUCACUUACUUCGGCACCUGUUGCGUGUACACCGUGAUCAUCGCCACCAACUUCCAGCAGGUGGUCACCCAUUACAGCGGAACGCAGUACGACAUCCGGUAUUACAUUUCCGUGUUGCUGGUGCCGCUGAUACUGCUCAGCUACGUGCCCAACCUCAAGUAUUUGGCGCCCGUCUCCAUGGUGGCGAACCUGUUCAUGGCCUGCGGUCUAGGAAUCACUUUCUAUUAUCUGCUCAUCGAUGUACCCAACGUGUGGGAUCGGCCCCAGGUCGGUUCGCUGGACACUUUUCCGACCUUCUUCAGCAUCACCGUUUUCGCCAUGGAAGCCAUCGGAGUGGUGAUGCCGUUGGAGAACAACAUGAAGACGCCUAAACACUUUUUGGGACUGUUCGGCGUGCUGAACAUUGGUAUGGGUGGCGUGACUGUGAUAUACAUAUUAUUAGGUUUCCUCGGCUACCUCAAAUACGGUGAGAUAACGGAGGCUAGUAUUACUCUCAACUUGCCCACCGGAGACAUAGCCGCCCAAUUGGCCAAGAUAUUCAUCAGCUUGGCCGUGUUCUGCACUUACGGUCUACAGUUCUACGUAGUUUUGGAAAUCGCAUGGAACAGGGUACAGAGCACUUACGAAAAAGCCACCACUUUCCACAAUUACAUUUUGAGGACUGUCCUAGUCGUGUCAUCCGUUGUCAUUGCCGUAGCCGUACCGACCAUUGGACCGUUCAUUGGGCUUAUUGGCGCAUUCUGUUUCUCCCUUCUUGGUAUUAUUGGACCCGUUGUCAUCGAGUUCGCCACUUGUUGGGAAAACGUAACUCUGUGGAUGAAAUUCAGAAACUCUUUGAUGAUCAUAGUCGGUAUCUUGGCUCUGGUGUUCGGCACGUCUAGCAGUAUAUCGGAAAUUGCUGCUAUGUACCUUCCUGGUAACAUAGUAAAAGAUGUUCCGCAUAAUGGAACGUUACCGGUGGCUGCGCUAUGAUAGUAAUAGACAACAAUGUCGUUGUUACUGUUAUGAAGCUAAGCAUUGUGCAAAAGCCAUCAUUCAGAAUUCAGUAUUUAAGAUGUUUCUUUUUAUUUUAUAGUUAUUGUGCCCUUUUUUUUUUAUGAGUAUGCAUAAAACUAAUGUACUAAAAGCAGGUAGGAAAACAAGGGGUAUUC